AUGGUCUGGGAAACACCUGCCAAUUUGGGUAACUCCUCGCUGCUGGGUCCCUUAACUUCCGAUCUUGUUGUCGCCCAACGCAUCAACGUCACCACCACUUGGGGCAUUCGCUCGCUGACCUUCCAGCUCUUCAAUUCUAAUGCUUCCGCGGGGCUCGUGGUGGGCGUGGGCAUCUCUAUGCUUGCCGGCACUUGGCUGCCACAGUGGGACUUCGGGCAGCGGUCGAUCGUCGCCGGCACCACCUUCUAUACCUUCAACUACUCUGCGGCCGAAGCCCUCAAUCUCGUUCCCUCCGUUUACUUCAUCACCCUGCGCAAGGUGACCGCCGACGGGGGCCAGAGCCUGAUCGUGGGCGUGUCGGGUCCGCAACCCGGCGUUCUGAUGCCCUUUGUCAUGGUCGAUCUGUCCACAUCAAGCGAUGGCAGCAAUUUCGCGCAGCAGGGCACCGGGGUGCUGGGCCUGGGCGCCGAGACCUGCGUGAAUCCAUCGCCGUCCCCCACGGCCUACGUGUCCUAUUCGCCGUCGGUCUCGCCCCAACCGCUCCGCUUCGUGGCCCUGACCACCAACGUGACGGCCGCCUUUGGCGUGGCCCAGCCCGCCAUCAACAUGUCCGCACCGCUUUUCGCCACUGGAUUCAACCGCACCAACGUCAAUGCGACGUACAGCUACUCUGCCCAGGUGGACAACACCACGGUGCUCGACCAGGAGUUCACAUUCCACAGGGACGCCGCCAGCGGCAACUUCUCGGGCCUCGCGUUUGCCAUCGGCGCCGGCAACCUCAAGUGGUCCGUCCGCCUCAACUCGUCAGCGGCGGCCCCAGGACCCACCGUCGUGCGCUACCGGCUGUCGAGCUUCCUCAACGCCGGCGCCUACCAGUCGGUGCCCAACGCCCGGGUGCUGAUCAAGCCGGGCCAGCCGCAGGCCCAGAUGACCACCUACCUGCUGCCGCUGCUCCAACAGUCGACCGGCCUCAAGGUCUACGCCCGCGUCGAGCUGUUCGACUUCGCGCUGGCCAACAACAGCGCCGAGGCUGUGACAAUCGAGCAUGACAUCAUCGUACAACCACCAUCAUCAUCAGAAUCAUCUUCGAGCGAGUACAUGCUCGAGCUGAGCUUCCCGGCGUUCGAGGGCUCGCUGGAGUACGACCCAAGCAUCGGAAUGGGCGUGGUGCUGGGCCAGAACGAUGACGGCGGCGGCGACACGAACGUGGGCCUGAUCGUGGGCGUGGCGGUGGCGGUGCCCGUGGCCGUGGCGCUGGUGCUCGUGGUCAUCGUGGGCGCCCUCAUAAUCGGCUGGCGGCGCAGGAAAGCCAACGCUGCCGGCGCCGUCCAGUUCGGCGAGCCACUCACGCACGACCAAGAAGAGCUGUAG